UUCAGCCGCCGCCCCCUGCCCCCGGGAGAGGACUCGCUGCUCAGACGCUGGUCCCGGGCCUCCCUGGGCCGGGUUGACACCGGGGAGCCCCCUGACUGCCUCUUAGAGCAGGGUGGGGAGGGAGAUCUUAGCCCGCCGCCGCCUCCAAGCAGGCCGCCAGGUGAGCUCCAGGACAGGUCCCUGCUCCCUGAAGUCUCUCUGCCCUCAUCGUAUGAGGGGGCCACCGCUAGCCCAGAGGCGCCUCGUUCGCCAGUGACCGACCCAUCCCUAAGAAGAGCAGACCCAAGCAACCUAACUCUGGACGCCAGGGCCGGAGAUGGGCGCCCGGCCCUCGCGGCGGCGGUUGCCCGCGGACCCUCCACUGGCACUGGACGCGCUGCCCCCCGAGCUCCUCGUGCAGGUGCUGAGCCACGUGCCGCCGCGCGCGUUGGUGACGAGCUGCCGCCUGGUGUGCCGUGCCUGGCGCGACGUGGUGGACGGCCCCACCCUGCAGCUGGCCCGCGACCGCAGCGCCGAGGGCCGCGCACUCUACGCGGUGGCUCAGCGCUGCCUGCCCAGCGGCGAGGACGUGGAGGAGUUCCCGCUCUGCGCCCUGGCGCGCUACUGUCUGCGUGCACCCCUCGGCCGGAACCUCAUCUUCAACUCCUGCGGAGAGCAGGGCUUCAGAGGCUGGGAGGUGGAACACGGUGGGAAUGGCUGGGCGGUGGAAAAGAACCUAACCCUGGUGCCCGGAGCUCCUUCCCAGACCUGCUUCGUGACUUCUUUCGAGUGGUGCUUUAAGAGGCAGCUGGUGGACCUGGUGAUGGAGGGGAUGUGGCAGGAGCUACUGGACAGUGCCCAAAUUGAGAUCUGCGUGGCCGAUUGGUGGGGCGCCCGAGAAAACUGCGGCUGCAUCUACCGGCUCCGAGUCCGCCUCCUGGACGUGUAUGAAAACGAAGUGAUCAAGUUCUCGGCGUCCCCCAACCCGGUCCUUCAGUGGACGGAGAGGGGCUGCCGACAGGUCUCCCACGUCUUCACCAACUUUGGCAAGGGUAUCCGCUACGUGUCCUUUGAGCAGUACGGGAGAGACACACGUUCCUGGGUGGGGCACUACGGCGCCCUGGUGACCCACUCCAGUGUGAGGGUCAGGAUCCGUCUGUCGUAGUCAACGGGCCUGGCCUGGCCUGGCCUUCCAGACGCGCUGCCGUCUGUCAGCCAAGGGUGGCUUUGCAAGUAGGAGCCAGAGGACGUCCAGGGGUAGCGGGGUUCCAGGUACCACCCCCGUUGCUGCUGCUGCUUCAGCGUGGUGGCCCUCUUGCUGUGUGAGGAACCAGGGACCCAAGCAGGCUGUUUACAGCCGCCUCAGCUCCCCAGGUGGGGUGUGUCAAAAAAGAACCAAGGCGGUUUGUUCUUUGCCUGCAGAUUUUCUCACUUGGUAAACGGAGUCAAGAAGCAAAGGUCAAAGCA